GUCGUGGCUUCCUCGUUUAUCUUCGCGAAUAGCAUCAGAUAAACAGACAUGUGCUCAAUGAUGCAGUGAGGAAAUGGGGACAUUGGCGGCAAGUGAGACAUUUUGGCUCAGGUGCCGACAGGAGUCGCACUCGACGCCACAAACUGCCACUGAACCCACCUCUCAACUUCCCAUCCAGGAUGACAGAGCCCACUAUCGCAGCAUCAUUUCCGCUUUUAGUGGUUCGCCGAAAACAUGGCGCCUCUCUCCAGACGGGUCCAAGACUCAAAUCCUCUAUAUAAGUCUUAUGAGGGCGCUCUUCAUUCAGGUCCCUCAUCAUCGCCGAUCCCACUUCGCCUCUUCCAUAAUCCCUUCACCAUCAAGUUCAUCAUGUUUGGACUUGGCCCUGCUCUCUUGGUGAGCCUUCUGGCUUUCCAGAAUGCACUCGCUUUACCUGGCACUAGCCGUGCCCAUAUCGAGAAGCGUGAUCUCGAUUCCUGGAUCACGACUCAAAGCCCUUAUUCCUUGACGAAACUGCUCUGUAAUAUCGGUGCAGCCGGAUGCAACGCUCAGGGUGCUGCAUCCGGAGCAGUCGUUGCUUCCCCGAGCAAAACCUCGCCAAAUUAUUGGUAUACCUGGUCACGGGAUUCAGCUCUUGUCUCCAAAUACCUCGUGGAUAAGUUAGGGAAUGGAUACCAUGCAAGCCUCCAGGCUAAAAUUCAAAAUUAUAUUAUCGCACAGGCCAAUCUCCAGGGUGUCACAAACCCGUCGGGCUCACUCGAUACUGGGGCUGGGCUUGGAGAGCCAAAGUUCAAUGUUGAUCUUACUGCCUUUACAGAUAACUGGGGCCGUCCCCAACGCGAUGGCCCAGCUCUUAGAGCAGAAGUCCUGAUCGGCUAUGGAAACUGGCUUGUCGACAAUGGUUAUUCUGCUACUGCAGUGUCCGCAAUCUGGCCAGUCCUUGUCAACGACCUUGCCUAUGUUGUCCAAUACUGGAACCAGGGCGGGUUUGACUUGUGGGAAGAGGUGAAUGGAAACUCCUUCUUCACCACAGCCUCCCAGCACCGUGCUCUUGUAGAGGGCAUUGCAUUCGCAGCUAGAAUUGGCAAAUCCUGCAACAACUGCGCCACUGUUGCACCACAGAUCCUUUGCUACCAGCAAAAUUACUGGACUUCCAACGGCAACUAUAUUGUUUCUAACAUCAAUGUCAACAACGGGCACACUGGAAAGGAUGCUAACUCUAUCCUGACAUCAAUCCACAGCUUUGACCCCGCAGGCGGUUGUGAUGCUGCCACAUUCCAGCCAUGCUCGGACCGAGCUCUUGCAAACCAUAAGGCUGUUACCGACUCGUUCAGAUCCGUAUACUCCAUCAACUCUGGAAUCGCCCAGGGAGCUGCAGUUGCAGUUGGUCGCUACUCGGAAGAUACUUACUACAAUGGAAACCCUUGGUAUCUGGCCACUUUUGCUGCCGCCGAGCAGCUUUAUGACGCUCUUUACCAAUGGAACUCAGUCGGAGCCAUCGCCAUUACUGACGUGUCUUUGGCCUUUUUCAAGGACCUUUAUUCUUCUGCGGCAGUCGGAACAUAUCAGAAGUCCAGCACCCAAUACACCGCAAUUGUCGCAGCCGUAAAGACUUACGCCGAUGGUUAUAUGACCAAGGCACAGGCAUAUACACCUUCAAGCGGAGCCCUUGCUGAGCAAUACGACCGCUCGAGCGGAUCGCCACUCUCCGCCGCCGACCUUACAUGGUCAUAUGCUGCGUUCCUGAGCGCAAGCGACCGACGCGCUGGCAUCGUCCCAGCCUCCUGGGGCUCAAUCAACGGCAACACGGUUCCCGCAGGCACCUGUGGAAACUCCGCAUUCACUGGAUCCUACUCCAAGGCCUCGGGUAUCACAUUCCCCGCCAACCAGACCCCUGGAACAGCCGGGCCAACCUCAACGGCCACAGCAACGGCUACAGUAACUUCCUCCGUGCCAACUUCUACCUCAUGCGUGAUUGCUCACAAAGUUGCGGUCACCUUCAAUGAAGUAGUGACUACCGUUGUCGGCCAGACUGUCAAGAUUGUCGGAUCCAUCUCGCAGCUUGGUAGCUGGAACACAGCCAACGCGAUUGCCCUGUCGGCCAGCGGAUAUACGAGUAGCAACCACCUUUGGAGCACCGCCCUUAAUCUGCCAUCUGGAACCACGUUCCAAUACAAGUUCAUCAACGUCGCCUCGAAUGGUGCGGUUACCUGGGAGUCUGAUCCCACCCGCCAGUACACGGUGCCUGCCACAUGCGAUACGACAGCGACUGUUAGCAGCAAUUGGAAGUGAGAGAAAAUCAUAAGGGUAGCAUGCAUGGGCGAGUUGGGGGUGAUAUGAUUGCGAGCGAACGAACAGCGAAAAUUACAAUGUCACGAGGAUUAAGCCGGGUGGUUAUAUAUAUAAGUGUACAUAGAAUAUCUAUUAGUUACCAAUGCAUCGAGG